AUGGCGCCGUCGCUUGCAGGGCGUGUGCACCGGACACUGAACCCCAACCGGCUAGCGCGGACAGGCCGCGUCAAGUGUCUAAAGGAAAGUAUCUUGCAACAUCCAGAUGGCACAGUUUUGAAACAGCUACAGCCACCUCCAAGGGGCCCAAGAGAGUUAGAAUUCUAUAAUAUGGUUUAUGCUGCUGAUUGUACCGAUGGUGUUCUUUUAGAGCUACGAAAAUAUUUGCCAAAAUAUUAUGGCAUCUGGUCACCUCCCACUGCACCAAAUGAUUUAUACCUAAAACUGGAAGAUGUGACCCAUAAAUUUAAUAAGCCCUGUAUAAUGGAUGUAAAGAUAGGGCGAAAAAGCUAUGAUCCUUUUGCCUCAUCUGAGAAGAUUCAGCAACAGGUCAGCAAGUACCCAUUAAUGGAAGAGAUUGGGUUCUUGGUGCUUGGCAUGAGGGUUUAUCAUGUUCAUUCUGAUAGCUAUGAGACACAAAACCAGCACUAUGGAAGAAGCUUAACAAAAGAAACUCUAAAGGAAGGAGUUUCCAGAUUUUUUCAUAAUGGAUUCUGCUUGAGAAAAGAUGCUGUUGCUGCCAGUAUUCAGAAGAUUGAGAGAAUUCUGCAGUGGUUUGAAAGCCAGAAGCAGCUUAACUUUUAUGCAAGUUCAUUACUGUUUGUUUAUGAAGGUUCAUCUCAUCCAACUACUACAAAAUCAAAUGACAGAACUUUGGCAGAAAAGUUUUUGUCCAAAGGACAACUCUCGGACACAGACGUACUGGAGUAUAAUAAAUCAGCUGCCUCCUUUGUCUUUCCAAAUGGCAUUGCACAGUUCCCUAUAUUUUCAGGAGAGGAUAUCGAAGAUCUGACACUCUCUCAUAUAUUUAAGAAAGUCACUGAUGCAAUUGUGUCUCCUCCUGAAACUUGA